CCCCGCCCCCCGCCGGCCGGCUCCCCUCCCCCGGCCCUGGCUCGCGCGGCUCGCAGCGCUGCAGAGGCUCAGAGGCGGCGGCGGCGACUCCCUCUUUCCCUUCCUCCUCCUCGGUCCGUCCGUCCGUCCGUGCAUCUGUCCGUUCGGCCUCGGUCCGGCCCGAAGCAUGGCCGGCGUCAGCUUCAGCGGCCACCGCCUGGAGCUGCUGGCGGCGUACGAGGAGGUGAUUCGGGAGGAGAGCGCGGCCGACUGGGCUCUGUACACAUAUGAGGAUGGCUCAGAUGACCUCAAGCUUGCAGCCUCAGGAGAAGGGGGCUUGCAGGAGCUUUCGGGCCACUUCGAGAACCAGAAGGUGAUGUACGGCUUCUGCAGCGUCAAGGACUCCCAGGCUGCGCUACCAAAAUACGUGCUCAUCAACUGGGUGGGUGAAGACGUGCCUGAUGCCCGUAAGUGCGCUUGUGCCAGCCAUGUGGCCAAGGUGGCCGAGUUCUUCCAGGGUGUCGACGUGAUCGUGAAUGCCAGCAGCGUGGAAGACAUCGACGCAGGCGCCAUUGGGCAGCGGCUCUCCAAUGGGCUGGCGCGGCUCUCUAGCCCUGUGCUGCACCGGCUGCGGCUGCGAGAGGAUGAGAACGCCGAGCCCGUGGGCACCACCUACCAGAAGACGGACGCAGCUGUAGAGAUGAAGCGGAUUAACCGUGAGCAGUUCUGGGAACAGGCCAAGAAGGAGGAAGAGCUGAGGAAGGAGGAGGAGCGGAAGAAGGCCCUGGACGAGAGGCUGAGGUUUGAGCAGGAGCGGAUGGAGCAGGAGCGGCAGGAGCAGGAGGAGCGUGAGCGGCGCUACCGGGAGCGGGAACAGCAGAUUGAGGAGCACAGGAGGAAACAGCAGACUUUAGAAGCUGAAGAGGCCAAGAGGAGGUUGAAGGAGCAGUCUAUCUUUGGUGACCAGCGGGAUGAGGAAGAAACCCAGAUGAAGAAGUCGGAAUCGGAGGUGGAGGAGGCAGCAGCCAUUAUAGCCCAGCGGCCUGACAACCCCCGGGAGUUCUUCAAGCAGCAGGAACGAGUCGCAUCGGCCUCCGCGGGCAGCUGUGACGUGCCCUUGCCCUUCAACCACCGGCCAGGCAGCCACCUGGACAGCCACCGGAGGAUGGCGCCUACCCCCAUCCCCACCCGGAGCCCGUCCGACUCAAGCGCAGCCUCCACUCCUGUCACUGAGCAGGUCGAACGGGCCCUGGAUGAGGUCACGUCCUCACAGCCUCCGCCACUGCCGCCACCGCCCCUGCCAGCCCAAGAGACCCAGGAGCCCAGCCCCAGCCUGGACAGUGAAGAGACCAGAGCGGCAGCCCCUCAGGCCUGGGCUGGCCUCAUGGAGGAGCCCCCUCAGGCACAGGUGCCCCCCCGGGGACAAGGCAGGCCUGAGGAGGACUUGGCAUUCUUGGAGGAAUCUCCAGAGCAGGCUGUUGCAGCUGCCCCUGUGGAGCCUGCCGCAGCUGACACCACUGUGGUCGACACCUCGGUGGCUGAUGCCAAUGCAGCUGACACCACUGAAUCUGCCGCUGCCACUGCUGACACCACUAUUGCCAACAAUGUGCCCCCCACCACUGCCAGCCUCAUCAACCUAUGGCCUGGUGAUGGGGAAGGGGCCUCCGCACUCCAGGCUGAGCCCCUGGCCCCCACGCCAUCCUCGGGUACUGAGGUCACCCUGGCAGAGGUACCCCUGCUGGACGAGGUGGCUCAGGACCCCCUGCCGCCAGUAGGUGGAGGUUGUACCAACCUUCUCAAUUUUGAUGAGCUACCUGAGCCGCCAGCUACCUUCUGUGACCCAGAGGAGGAAGCAGAAGGGGAGCCCCUGGUUGCCCCCCAGGCCCCAGCUCUGCCCUCAGCUUUCGGAGAGCUGGAGCAGGAGCCAGAGCCGGAACCCCACCUGCUGACCAAUGGCGAGACCACCCAGAAGGAGGGGACCCAGGCCAGUGAGGGGUACUUCAGUCAGUCACAGGAGGAGGAGUUUGCCCAAUCGGAAGAGCUGUGUGCAAAGGCUCCGCCUCCUGUGUUCUACAACAAGCCUCCAGAAAUCGACAUCACCUGCUGGGAUGCAGACCCAGUACCGGAAGAAGAGGAGGGCUUCGAGGGUGGCGAUUAGCGGUGGUGCCAGCCCUAGGUGCCCUUGCCAAGGCCGCCCACCCGUGCUGCCUCUGGCCAGAUGGCCCACCGUGCCUGCAUUCGCAGCAGCUCCGCCUGGCACCUACUCCGGAUUCCGGCCAUGGCCGAGGACUUGGCCGCUUCCCUACCCACAGGGCCUGACUUUUACAGCUUUUCUCUCUUUUUUUUAAAAGUUGAUAGGAGACUUGUACAGUUGACUGGUUUUCCUCCCGUUGGUAGUUGAGCCGCUGUUGCAAAAUUCCACCCUUCCUGCCCGGUCCAGACUGUAGCUCUUAGUCCUUCCUGCUCAGCUGGCGGGGGGCAGACUUUGCUUGGGGCCUGGUGUCGGGGGAGCUCUGGUGGGAAAAUGCCCCUCCACUUCUUUUCCUAGUUUUAUGUUUCUUGGAAAAAAAAUCAAUUUGUAUUCUCUGUCCAGGGCUUCAGAUAUUUUGCACGAAUUUUAAAACAUGGCAAUAAAUGGCUCAUGGGCUCUGGCUCCCUGGGACCCCC